CGACACUGAUAAACCAUCAAUUGUAUUCUUUACCUGGUCUGCCUGAUAUUCAAUUCUGUGACAGCCUUGCCGAUAAGCAGAACUCUUGCCAUCUUCAAUUCUAGCGCCGCGUCAACGCUUACGAAAUAUAGGUCAUCUUGAUGACCUGUACCACGUAGGCCUGACUGCAUAAAGGAACGUCUCGGCACCGUGGGCUUAUCGCCGUGUCUUCCCGCCUUCUGUGUGCCGCAUCCCAUCGCUGGCACGGUACGCUUUGUUGACUCUCAGUCUACGCUCUGGACCAAGGUAGCUCGGUUUCCCUACUCGCACAAUCGCCUCAUACGUCACUCGCCCAGCAACAAUUGCCGACGAAGGAUGCCGCCGAACGCGAGAGUGGCCGUGGUCACUGGUGUUAGCCGAGGAAUCGGACGCAGUAUCUGCCAACAGUUGGCCACAGGCCGCACUGGGCCGCUGGUGUUGUAUGCAGCCUCUCGGGCGGGUAAGCUGCCGGACUUGGGUCAUGCCCCUACCUCUCCGGCAGUUGAGGUGAUUCCCGUGUCGCUUACAAUUACCGAACAAGGCUCCGUCGAUGCCUUUGUCGCGAGAAUACGCGCUGAACAGGGUGGCUGUGAUGUACUCAUAAACAAUGCCGGCGUAUACCACUAUACUGAACACGCUUCGAAAGACCAACGCCAGGAAAUGUACGACACCAACUUCCACGGAACUGUGAGAGUCUGUCAAGGAAUGAUUCCCUUGAUGCGAAAGGGGGGUCGAAUUGUCAACCUAUCUUCACAGUCUGGGCAGCUGUUAUACAUGGCACCCCACCUUCGAAAGCUCUUUUUGGAACCUAAUGCCACCCUGGAUCAGAUAGGAGAGCUCCUGUCUACCUACGAGCGCCAUGUUGUCGCAGGACAGGCCGUGCGCCGUGGAUGGCCUAGUAUGGCCUACUUCCCGAGCAAGGCAGCUUUGAAUGCCGCCACCAGAAUCUUCGCCCGUGAUAACCCCGAUCUUCUGAUCAACUGCUGCUGCCCUGGCUGGGUCGACACUGAACUUGGAGGGCAGGCUGGCCGCCCGCCCAAAACACCAGAGCAAGGCGCCAUGAUUCCUCUCCACCUCGCCUUUGGUGAUAUCAACAACAUUAGCGGGCGCUACUGGGCAAAUGAUUCGGUGGCCGAUGUCGGGACGGGCAAGGUCCAGUUGUUCUAG